CCUCACACUUCCUCACAACCCCGGCCCUCUCUCCUUCGACCUCUUCACUCCUCCCCAUCAUCUCUCCGUUCCUUGUCACCGUGGGAGUGUGUGUGGAGAGACAAGAGACGGGGGACAUUAGUAAACCUUAUUAUUUGGAAACCCAUAACUGUUUCUUAAAUCGAGUGAAAGAGGAAAGGUUUGCAUGACAGUCUGACUCGAAGUGCGACGGUUUUAGAAGGCAAAGGUGGGACUCGUGGUGCUUUUGUGCUUUUAAUUCCAUGCCAUGUCGCGUGUAGGCUGCGUGAUGAUCUGGGUUGGCGUGCUGUGCGUGGGUGUACCAAGUGUGACGGGUGUUGACGGGGUAAAUGACGUGGGAGGUGUGCAGGUGGAAGGUGGGGUAAAAAGUACAUCAUUUACCGCUACCCAUGUCAUCUUUCAGCCUCUUAACUCCUGUCGGGGAUUAAGUGGCUUGAUACAUUUACUGAAGAGCGCCCUUGAUGACCUCCACGCCCUGCAGAGGACGCCCCAUACUCAAGGGCGGCUCCUAAGGAAAAUGGGGCAUAGCAAGGUGAAGGUGCGAGCCCAGGCAGUGGGCUAGAAAGCUGCAGCGUCGCCUUCUUCGUCUGUGUCCCCGUCAGACCGCGGCCUUGCUCACACCUGCCUCACGGGCGACACGCAAGCGGUGGGCGGUGGCUGGCGGAGAGUACCUCAGGGCCGUCGCUUUACACGGAGAAAGACCAGCGCGUGGCCUUCCCUUGCGUCGCCAGAAGCUCUCCCAUUUACUCGAUGUCUUGAUGAGCCUCUUCCCUGCUUCACACCAAAGCACAACCACAGCCCCCGCCACAGCCACUCCUGAAGGGAAAGAGAGGAGCGUGCGAAUUGGGAAUGGAUUAGAGGAGAGCGUGUUGAAGGAAGACUCGGUGGUGAAGGAUGCAGUGGAGGUGGUCGUGGGAGUGCAGGAGGUGCUAAGGGAGGUCCCCGAUGCAUUUCUUAGCUUGGCAUUGAGUCCCCGUCUGAUGCAGCAUGGGUGGCUCAAUUUUAACACCAGCUCCCCUCGGCUCCUGGGUCUCGUCUCCGCCCUCGCCCCAGCCAUCCUUCGCGUGGGUGGCUCAGCGGCUAACUUCGUGACCUAUGACCCCCGUGACACACCUACGUCCGAAGAUAACGAAAACGGAGGUCACGGCACAAAUGGACAAGAAACAAGAGGUCAAGAAGGUUCCGUAGAUAAUCAAGAGGCUACUGACGAAGGAGAAGGAUUUAAAAGUAGAUGUUAUGACAGUCAGUUCUCAACUCCGAUCUUCACUAACUUCACCAUUACGCGCGAAGACUGGGCGAGGUUGCUGCAUUUCUCGCGCGCCGUCGGGAUGCAGCUUCUCUUCGACCUGAACCAGUUUUACCGUAAGCCUGAUGGAAGCUGGGAUCCAUCCAACGCCCAUCUUCUCCUUCGCGACGCCUGUUCUUGGGGCUUCUCCGUGGUGUGGCAGCUUGGCAAUGAACCCAACUCGUAUAAGCACAAGUUUGGCAUCGUUGUGACCGGAGAGCAGACAGCGAGGGACUACGAGAUCCUCAGUAAAGUCCUGGAGGAGGCGUGUCCGUCUGCCCCUCUUGUAGGUCCUGACGUGACGAGACCAAAGAAGCACCAUCACAAGAGUCUGCGCCCUCGUCACCGCCACCGUCACCACCACCGUCAGCGUCACAGUAGCGCCACACUUAGCUCUCCUGAAGGCGCUGCUGGUGUUGGGACAAAUGCUGUGGAUUAUCUGGAGAGUUUUCUGAAUUCCUCUACGUUUAAUCUCUCUGCGCUUACGUGGCAUCAGUACUACGUCAACGGGCACGAGGCGGCGGUUGGUGAUUUCAUGGAUCCCGACGUGAUGAACCAGCUGACGUGGCAGGUGGAGCAGAUCGUGGUCGUGAGAAACCAUCUAGCUCCUGGACGACCUAUCUGGCUGACGGAGACUGGGUCAGCGUCAGGUGGAGGGGCGCCUGACAUGAGUGACACCUUCGUCGGGGGAUUCCUGUGGCUCGACAAGUUGGGCGUGGCUGCGGCAGGAGGUGUGGACGUGGUGGCUAGGCAGACGCUGUACGAGUCCUGCUACGCCCUUCUUGACCCCGAUCUGAAGCCCAACCCGGACUACUGGUUAUCCCUCCUGUACAAGCGACUAGUGGGGCGCCGAGUUCUGCGUAUACACAUGGUAGCACCACCACCCACCCUCCGCCUGUACGCCCACUGCCUCUCCCAUCACGCCAACGAUACGGAAGGUGGCGUGGUCAUCCUGGGCAUGAAUCUCGGCUCCAUUUCCGUCAGUGUGAGGCUCCAGGACGAGGUGGCGGCCUCUCCGGUGAUGCAGUACCUCCUUCAGCCCAGCGGCGGAGACCUUCAGGCCAGGCAGGUUCUCCUAAAUGGCGAUGAGCUGCACCUGGGGCCUGAUGGGAAGCUGCCGCCCCUUCCUCCGACUAUGCUGACCCCCGGCCCCUUUUCCGUGCCUCCCGCCUCCCUUGGUUUCUGGGCCCUGCCUCGCGCCCGUGCCCCCGCCUGUCUGUAGGAGGGAGGCAGGACGGCAGAACGAGGCUCCCAGGCCUGACAUGCUUGACUGUUCACCGUCACCUGACGGCAAGCCUCUGCCAGCCGGAUGCCGAGAGACCAUCCAAGCCAUCACCUACCGGCCUGAGGACCGGGAGGUGGUGGAGGU